AUGACUCUGUCUCGUGGCCCCGAGGAGACAUUGCUGUUUGCCUUGAACGACCUUGAGGACGAAAGCUUCAAGACCUUAAAGUUCCACUUGAGGAUCAUGACCCCAAGGGACGGUCAUCAGCAGCUGACUCGAGGAGAGCUGCAAGACCUGAAACGCGUGGAACUGGCCUCUCGACUCAUUCAAAUAUAUGGAGCAUAUGAGGCCGUGAAAAUUGUGCUUGAGAGUUUGAAAAAGAUGAAUCUGUUGGAACUCGUGGGCCAGCUCAGCCUUGUUUGUCUGAAUGAUUACAGAGAAAAAUACCGAGAGCACGUGCGCUGCCUUGAGGAGAAACAAGAAGUGGGCAUCAACGGCAGUUACAAUCACCUGCUCCUGGUGAGUGGAUCCAGCUCAGGAAGCCCAGAAGUAUCCACCUGCCCGACUCUGGAGCAGGAACUGGUGUUAGUGGAGGAUCUGUUUGGCUCCGGGGAAAGGCAUCACACAUCCACAGUGGUGCUACAGGGUCUUGCUGGCACAGGUAAAACAACACUGGCAAGAAAAAUGGUACUGGACUGGGCCAGGGGCACUCUCUUCAUGGGCCGGUUUGAUUAUGUCUUUUACGUGAGCUGCAGGGAAGUGGUUUUGCUGCGAGGGUGCAAACUGGAGCAGCUUCUCUGCUGGUGUUGUGGGGACAAUCAAGCACCUGUUGAAGAGAUUCUGAGACAUCCAGAACGUCUCCUAUUCAUCUUGGAUGGCUUUGAUGAGCUGCAGAAGUCCUUUGCUGAGCAGUUGAUGAAGUCAAGUUUGAGUUCCAAAGAAUGUGAGCUGCAUCUUCUAAUUAAAAGAACAAUACUUUGCAAGUCCUCUCUUUUCAUCACAAUUCGGCCCCUGGCUUUGCAGAAUCUGAGGGGCUUGUUGAAAAAACCGCGUUAUGUCCAUAUUUUAGGCUUCUCUGAGGAGGAGAAGAGACGGUAUUUCAGCUUCUAUUUCACAGAUGAGGAGCAAGCCAGAAAUGCCUUUGACAUUGUACAAAGAUAUAAAGUUCUUCAUAAAGAAUGCCAAGUUCCAGGUAUUUGCUGGAUGGUGUGUUCCUGGAUAAAAAGACAGAUGGAGAGAGGUAGGGAAAUAUCAAACAUCUUUAGGAAUAGCACUGACAUUUACAUGGCUUAUGUCUCCACCUUCUUGCCACCUAAUGACGAUGGGGAUGGCUUGAACCUUCCCCGGUACAGUGCCCUGACUGGUCUGUGCACUUUGGCGACCGAGGGGAUCCAGAAGCAGCAGUUUCUGUUUGAAGAAGCUGACCUCAGGAAGCACAAUUUAGAUGGACCCUGGCUUGCUGAUUUCCUGAGCAGCAUUGACUACCACGAGGGAUUUGCCGUUAAAAGGUUCUACAGCUUCCGCCAUAUUAGCUUCCAGGAAUUUUUUCAUGCCAUUUCCUACUUGGUGAAAGAGGAGCACAAUCAGCUGGGCCAGGAGUCCCACAGCGAAUUGAAGAGGCUUCUGGAUACAAAGAGUGACGAUAGGACUCUUGAUGUACGGUUCUUGUUGGAAAUACUGAAAAAUGGGGAGACUGCUUCCAUCUUGGAGCUAAAGUUAUGCUUCAAAAUUUCUUCCACAAUAACGCAGAAUCUGAAGGAUUUAAAAAAGCAACUGGAAUCUAUGAGACAUAGUAGACCCUGGAAUUUGGAAUUCUCCCUGAAUGGGUCUAAAAUAAAGGACCUAAAGAAUAGUGUUCAGAUGAGUGAAGCAUCAUUUUCGUGGAAAAAUAAAAAUGUAAGUCAAGGAUCCAAAGGACGCUCAUUUUCUGUCAAAACCAGCUUGAGAAAUGAGCAGGAAGAGGAAGAAAAAAGUCAUCCUAUGGACAAAGAAAAUGAAGCAGGAACUCAAAAUGAGACUUCUAACGGGAAAGACAGAGACACUAGAGACAAGAGAGUUAUGAGCAGUUGGGUGGAGAAGUGCGUAAAUGGAAACAAUAGAGAUGAAGUGGCAGAGGAAUGUUGGGUUACAGAGACAGGAACAUUGGGGAAAGCAAGACAGAGCAAAAAAGACAGAAGCAAUAAGACUGAUAAUGGGUUCUGA